AUGCCGCCACUUCCACUGCAUGGCUCAUACCCACCAUCGGGAUCGGGGUACCGUCCACUCGCCACGGGCGAUGACGACCACGAGGCGCAGGCACCCCCGAGGGACACGAGCAGGCUGCGCACGUUUGUGGUUUCGCCUUAUCAGGCACCCGCCAACGAUCCGAGCCAGAUCCUGUGUGCCUUCCUCACCGAUACUCGCACUCCUGGAGAGGCACAUGCGACCAAGGAUGUGGCUCUGCGUGUGCGCUUCCGCUCGCGCGGCACGGAGACCACCGUCGACCUGCCCGUGGGCAGGCUGACCGAGCAGGACGCACUGCCGUUUGCGCUUGCUGACGAUGUGCCGUGCCGCCGCGGCAUCGUGCGGCAUCGAGCAUGGAGCCAGCACCUGCGUGGCAUGGUCGACCACUUGGCGGGAAGGAGCUCUACGUCUUCAAAGCUAAUGGCACAGGAGCAGGACGAGCUGUCAGUUUGGGAUAGGUCGCAGAGAAAGCCACUCCCGGCGAGCGAUGAAGCAAAGCAGCGCUAUCAUCGACGUCUCGAGACCGGACUGGUGCCGCCAUGGACUCCGCUCGAUGAGGAUUCUGGCUCUCUGUCUCAACCACAAGCGGCACAGGAGGCAGAGAACGACGGGAAUGCAGACGACAAGCUGGACCUGACGAAGCUGUUUACAGGGUCGGGCGAUGUGGAUCUGGGCAUCUUCUUCCGGCGGUCGCGGCGGCGACGAGCGACGCGCCUCGUAUCCAUUGCCCUGCAAGAGGCACUCGAACGCUUUGCAGACGAUCGCCACUUCUCGAAGCGACUCUUCUGCCGCAACACCGCCUGGGGCUGGGACCUUCCACGGCUCAAAGAGUCUCUGCGCUCACUCGCGGCGCACGCCGCAGAAGGCAAGGGCAAAGCACCUGCCCACGCCGUCGAGGAAGCGGGCGGAGUGGAUGUGGAUAUCGAGGUGGUUGGGAUGGAAGAGUGGCCGGAAUAUCACGUCGUCUGGGCGCCCAUUGCACUCCUCGCCGCUUGCUGUCCCGGGCUGGUCGAAUCGCGCGUCUCGGCAAUCAGCCUCGCUCUGCUCGCCACCUUGCUAAUCGCAGCAACACUUCUGGGCGCGCUCAGCGGGAUUCUGAUCCUAGCAGGCAUGGUGGUGGUCGGAGCUUGGAGCACGAUGAUGUGGCUGGUAGCUACUAGGAGCGAGUGCGUGUACGACGGAAUCGGCACAGCAUGGUCGCUCGCUCCGCGCUGGCAGACCAUCGAUGCCGAUCCGAGCUGGGAUUUGCAGCGAGCUCGCGCGUCACUCCCGCCCGACAGCGCCGGCGACCAAGUGCGGCUUGAAAGAAGGGACAAUGCUUGGUGUGUCCGCCGAGGAAUCGAUCAGGACGAAUGGAUUGCCCUCCACCGCGAUCGCAUCCUACACGCCCUCACCGCCCGCACCUAG